GGCCAGAACUCUGUGUUUCUAAAGCAGAAUUAAUGAUUCCUUUAUUUUGAAGCAGGUGAAACUCCAUUCAAGGCAUAAUCCUAGUGAGCCAGACACUGUGUGUUGUAGAGUGUGCUAUCCUACUGCUGUUUUCACGUUCCUAGCCACCUCUGCUUUAUGAAUCCGGAUUCCAGAGCACAUUGGCUUUCCAGAGCCAGUUCUCUGAUUAUCGCUCUUUGCUUUUUAAAAAGAUUUUCUUAUGGGAAAUUUUGGACUUAAAUACUCCAUGGGAUGUUAAGUGCUCUAAAACAAUACAAACUGUUAAGGUACUCAUUUUGGGUCCUUGUACCAGAACCACUUACAGAAGCCACAGGCAAAAUUGAGACCUUGAAUUUGGCAGUUUCUUAACUCAGUCUCUGUUAAAUACUGUUCUUUCUCUGUAGCCAUUCUUUACAUCAGAGUGAGCUACUUAAAUUUCUCUUAGGAUUACUUCCCUUUUUGUGCUUAAAAUCACACUACACGUAUACUGAGUGAGCAAAUAGGGUUUUUUUGAAAAUUUUUUUCUGUAGUUGUUUUCAGCAUACUAUUUAUUACUAUAAAGAGAUUUCAUGACUUUUAUAGGUGCAGAUCUAAGAUAACUGCACUUCCUCCCCUCCGCCAGACCCCCUCCCUCCUUGCUUUCUUUUCUUGAGUUUUUGCAAAGACAUAAUUUGAGUCCCCUCUAUCAUCACAGGCUUAAUUUGGGACUGUAUUUUGUAAAGUCCUCAUGCAUUAAAAAGAUAGUACUUUCUAUUCAUCAGAACUGCUGAUUGUACUUUCCAGACAGUCUUAUUCAGCAACUUGGCCUCAUUUAAUUUUUACAGGCUGACACCUGGCUCUGUAUAUUGCAGCUUCCUUUUAUGUGCUUCAGGUCCUUAUAUCUGUCUACCUAUUGGUUGUCCUCUAGGUUCUUCAGCCCCUUGCCCUAAACUGAAAUCAUUGUUAUUCCCCCUGCUUAAUGGCUUUUAGGUUGCUGGACUAGUUGCUGUCUAUUUAUAUUUUGAUUUUCUCUGGUGUGUUCAGUCUUUAUUCAUUUGGCCUCUAAGCUUUGUUGAUUUUACUUCCUGAAUUUUUUGUGUGUCCCUUCUUCCCACUUUUAUUUUAGUCCAUGAUUUUUUUUUUUCAUUUCUACCACUGGAUUUUUGCUUGAGUCCUUUUAUUUAUUGUCAAAUUGUUGUUAGAGUGAUUCCUUAUACUCAGCUCUGAUUGUGUUUGUCCUUGCUCAGAAUUAUUGCCCACUGCCUAGAGAAAUAGUGUAUUAAUCCAAAUCAUUUUUGGAAGCUAUUAGUAUUUAUGCACAAAAUAACAGGAUUGAGAGGGAUUGUCUUAGGUGAACUGAAAUGUGUAGUUACCUUACCCAAAUGAUAACAUCGUUUUAUUUAAGAUGGAAUACAUCAUAUGUGAUCCUACUUUUGAGGCGAGCAUUUGGUGCAGCAGUUAAAAUGCUUGUUAGAAUGCCUGAUUACAGAUCAGAGUGCCUGAAUUUGAAUCCAGGCUCUGCUUCUACUCUAGCUUUCUACUCACACCUGGUUGUUGCACACAUCUGAGGAGUGAAACAGCAGAUGGAAGAUGUCUGUGUCUCUGCCUUUGAAAUAAAUUAAAAAUACAUUUUAGAAGACAAAACCCAAGGUUGUAGAGAGAAACUGGAAAUAGUCCCUCUUUUUCAGUUAAUUGAGACAGACAUUAAAAUAUAAGUGCAGUAAAAUGUUAAGGUUAUUAAUGAUAAAGAUAUGAACAGGGCUUUGGGACUGCAAGGUGGAGAAAGGAAAGACUUCUUGGGGAAUGUUGAUUCAGUCUUAACUAUCAUGACUAGAUGUGUCCAUACAACAUACGUAAGGGAGGUCUUUCCUGGCAGAGAGCAGCAGGGAAAGGUAUUAAUGGUAUUUAUGGUGGCAAGCCAGCUACGUUUAUAUAAAAGAAGCCAGUCUGUAGGGUAUGCCUUUCCAGUAGAAGUAAAAUCACCCCUAAAUGGGCCAAAUUUGGUUUUGAAUAGGAGCGAAAAAAAUAAUCAUGGCUCCUAAGGAUGUUUUGUGACCCUUCAGAAUUUAAUACUUAGAUUGUCUUAUUUAAUUGACAGUAGAACCUCAAUUAGCAAAAAAACCCUGUAAAGAGUUCUUUGGGAGGAGUGGUAAUGAACAACACUAAGCUUGUGUGUGGGACAUUGGGAGAGUGAAAGUGGUGCAUAGUGUGGAAUGGCUAAGUGGUGAAGCUGCUUGUACUAGCCUCAUUUGCAUCAUUGCAGAGGUUGGACUGGAGAGUAUAAAUACAAGAGAAUUCCUGGGGGCUUUAAGCCUGUAAGUAAGGUCAGUUUUAUAAAGAUCACUGUGAACAUUUUAAAGAUGUAAUGGGGGUGGAGAUGAAGGUGGGUAGGGGAGCCUGCUGGAGACAGGGAGGCUGAUAGUAGAGAAGAGUAAAGGUUACAUUUUGUCUAAACCAGAAUACUUUUCCUUUUGAAAGUUAAGGCCAUUACUGAUUGUAUCAAGGUUAUAGUUAAACCAGGAGAUAUGCUUUUGAUUAUAGGAAACAGUGCAGUUAUUCAGGUGUGAGGUAAGGUCCAGGAUGCAGAGAUGGCAGCAGCAGAUGGGAUAGUAAGACACUGAGGAGGAACAGUAGGCACUAAGUGGUCAGUGAUUGCAGAGGGGGUGUCUGCCCCCAACCCCACCAGAAUUUUUAUUUAGGCUGUGUAGUCCGUGUAACUAUAGUAUGUGAAUAUAAGCAGAUGAAGUUUUAGAAACAUUUGUUAACUAUAUGAAAUACAGAAUACUAUCACAGUGUGGUAUAUUACCUCCACUGCAGAAACUCCCUCUUUCCUCCUCCUAAUUAAUACCUUUCCCCAAGGAUACCGCUGCUCUGCUUCUGUCACCAUAGAUUUAUUCUUUUUUUUUUUUUUUUUUGACAGAGUUACAGAGAUAGAAAGGUCUUCCUUCCGUUGGUUCACUCCCCAAAUGGCCACUACGGCCAGCGCUGUACUGAUCUGAAGCCAGGAGCCAGGUGCUUCCUCCUGGUCUCCCAUGCGGGUGCAGGGCCCAAGCACUUGGGCCAUCCUCCACUGCACUCCCAGGCCACAGCAGAGAGCUGGAUUGGAAGAGGAGCAACCAGGACUAGAACCCGGUGCCCAUAUGGGAUGUGGGUGCCACAGGUAGAGGAUUAACCAAGUGAGCCACAGCACUGGCCUCUAUAUUCUUGCUUUUGAACUUAGUGGAUUCUGACACCUUUUCAGGAUGGACUUUCUACCUCCUCUCUGGGGCUUUCCUUCCUGUUUCUGUGAUCCUCAUUUAUAUUCUGGCUCACCAAUUUAUUUACCUCUUUGUAUACCUCGUUGAUUCUGGACCACUCUUGGGAAAAGGGCCUAUCAGUGUCAGAUGCUGCAGUUAUACCUUGUCCUAACUUGUGUUUCCUUUGGACCUCUGCAAUGGCACCAGGGCAAGUCUAGCAAAAUCUUCCUAACUUUUGUUUACUUGAAACAGGCUUGGGUGUCAAAAGCAAAAUACGGCUGAGAUGAUUUUUAGUUUUUGGAUCGGGUAACUGUAUAUGAUAGCACAUGAUUAAGGAACAGAAUUGUGGGGAAAAUUCACUGUUGGAAAGGGACUCCCUACAGGAAUGCACAUAGAGAUGUUUAGUCAGCAUUUAGUACUUCAGAUCAAACUAGGCUAUAAUUGUGAAUUGGUGUGAGUAUCUAUAUUGUAUGGGUCAUAAUUAAAAUCGUAGUGUUAGCGGAAGUAUGCAGGGUGAAAUACAUAGUGAGAAUUAAAGGGGACCAAGGAUAGACCCUUGGGGUAUUCUCAUAUGAAAGGAAUGGAGGCGGGAGGGGUGGGUGGCGGCACUGUGGCCUAGUGGGUAAAGCCGCCAGCUGCAGUACUGGCAAUCCCAUUUGGGUGCCAGUUGGAGUCCUGGCUGCUCUACUUCAGAUCCAGCCCUCUGCUAUGGCCUGGGAAAGCAGCAAAAGUUCUUGGGCCCUGCACCCAUGUGUGGAGGCCUAGAAGAAGCUCCAGGCUCCUGGCUUCAGAUCAGCCCAGUUCUGGCCAUUGCGGCCAUUUGGGGAGUUAACCAAUGGGUGGAAGACCUACCACUCUCUGUCUACCUCUGCGUCUCUGUAACUGUGCCUUUCAAAUAAGUAAAUGUUUAAAAAAAAAAAUAAAUAAAUGGAGGAAUGAAAAUAAGUUGCUACAAGAGUAGAGAACAGAAGAGAUGAUUCUAGAAGGGAAUCACUAAUUGCAUUUGUUAGAUACUGUUAUGUAGAGAGCACAAAAUGAUAAAUCCUUUUAAUUGCUUCUGUAAUAAUUAUUCAGUGAGGGGCUGGCGCCGUGGCGCACUAGGUUAAUACUCCACCUGUGGCGCCGGCAUCCCAUAUGGACGCCAGUUCUAGUCCCAGCUGGUCCACUUCCGAUCCAGCUCUCUGCUUUGGCCUGGGAGAGCAGUGGAAGAUGGCCCAAGUCCUUGGGCCCCUGCACCCAUGUGAGAGACCCAGAGGAAGCUCCUGGCUUCGGAUUGGCUCAGCUCCGGCCGAUGCGGCCAUCUGGGGAGUGAACCAACGGAGGGAGGACCUUUGUCUCUGUCUCUUCCUCUCACUGUCUGUAACUCUACCUCUCGAAUAAAUAAAAUCUUUAAGAAAAAAAAAAGGCAAAUCAAGGCAGCAGGUCUGCUGUUUAUGAUUGAGCGCUGAUGGGAAGAAUGAUAAUACAGGACUCUGAUCUUCUGCCUGGUCUUUGAAUAUCACCACAAUCACCAUCUCCCUUCCCACCUCCAAUCAGGUACAUUUUAACCCAGUCAUGAAUUGCAUGAAGACAUUUUGGUCUGCAUAUAAGACAGUGGUGGCUAGUGAUUGUUUCAGCUGUUGUGACAUUGUACUCUGAUGGUCACACAGUGAUGCAUUUCUGAAAACUUCUCUUGAAGUGAAGAUGGCUGUACAUGAGAAUACCCUAACAUUACUGUUCUUGUGUUUCUCAAACUGGAGAGUAUCUUAAAACACUUCGCUCACCCUUCACUUUUUAAGCUAGAACCUUCUGGAAUAUAGAGUAAACAUUAGUAUUUAUAGAAAGCUUCUCAAAUAAUCCAUAUAUUUAGACAGGGGUGAGAAACAUUUUCCUUUGUACCACAUUCUCUACUGUCUACAUGGGUUGCAUAGGAUGGAAACAGGGAGUAGCUUUAUCAGCCCUUAGAUUUUGUAUUUGCUUAAGCCUACAUCCCAUCCUGGGCUUCAUUAUGGAGAAUUUGACUCUAAGCAAGUUACCUAAUGUCUAUGACUGUGUUUUGGGAAUUGUUCUGUAAACUUAAGUGAGACAGUAUGUAAAAUUAUUUAAUAAAGUUACUUCAUGAUGUACACUCAGUAAAUGGUAGCCAUUUGUUUUAACUUUGUUUCCUCUGUUUAGAAAGCCAUUCUCUGGUUUGUUCAGACUCAUCACUGAAAUCCCAUCUCAGUGGCUCAUCUGCAAAAUUGUGCCUCCUUUCUUAUUUCUUUUUCCAUCUAUGUCACCAGGAUACCUUUCCACAGUCUGCUGCCAUCAUGAUUACUGGGUUGUGGUUAAGUGGAUGUUUGUUUCUCUGGCUGUAAGUUCUUUGAGGAUAAGGAUGGUAUCUUUAUCUCCCAGUGCCCAUAAUGCAGUCCUUGGUAUGUAAGUAUCCAAAUGUGUAUAGAUGAAAUGACUUCAAAAAGAAAGCAUUGCGGGUGUUGGCUUUGUGGCUUGGCGAGUUAGGCUGCCACCCGUGAUGCUGGUAUUCCUUAUGAGGGCUGCUCCAUUUCUGCCUCCCUGCUUACGCGCCUGGGAAGGCAGCGGAGGAUGGCCCAAGUGUUUGGGCCCCUGCAUGCAUGUGGGAGUCUGGACAAACUUCCUGGCUUCAGCCUGACCUAGCUUUGGCCUUUGUGGUCAUUUGGCUAGUUUACCAGUAAGUCGGAGAUACGUGUAUCUGAGUUUCCCCUCUUUCUCCUUCCCUCUUUCUGUAACUCUGCUUUUCAGUGGAAUAUAUAAAUUUUUUAAAAAAGGAAACAAUGUGAAAAAUACUGUUCACCACUGUUGGUGGUUUGAGGUACUGAGUUUAAAAGACUUGAUGAAAUUUGGCAGUCUGGCAACAGUCAACUGUUUUGUGUGGCUAUUCUUGACAGAUCUGAUGAAGAAAGUUUGUCAUGUGUUGGAAUAGAAAUUCCUUUACUGUAUGGCUUCAGGAUGCUUUUGCACAAAAUAACACAGAGAAAUACAAAUGAGCCAUUUAAAAAAAAUUUUUUUUUUUUUUGAGAGGCUAGCAGAGACUGACAGGCAGACAAAGCUCCCAUCCACUGGUUUACUCCCAAAUACCUGCAACCUCCAGGUGCAACCAGAAGCUAGGAACUCCAUCCAGGUCUCCUCUGUGGCUGGCAAGGGCCCAACUACUGUAGUCAUUACCUGCUGCUUCCCAGGAUGCACAUUAGCGGGAAGCUGAAAUCAGGAGAAUAGCUUAGGUCUUGAGCCCAGGCACUCUGAUUGGGAAAGUGGCAUCCUAAGCAUUGUCUUACUGCCGUGCCAAACACUUGCCCCUUAACUUAUUUAUUUGUUUGUUUUUGAGACACAAAGUGAGAUGAAGUAAUCUCACAUUCACUGAUUGACUCUACAAAUGCCCACGACAGCUGGCAGUGGGCUGAGGUUGGAAGCAAGGAACUCAAUCCAGGUCUCCCUCCUGAGUAGUUUCUUGCUGCCUUUCCUGGGAGUGUGCAUAAGCAGGAAACUGGAAUAGGGAGUCAAAGCCAGGACUUGAACCCAGGCACUCAGAUAGGGGUGCAGUUUUAAUUUUUCAUAUAUUUUUCGUGAGGUGGUUAAAACUAGCCAGACAAAAAAUGACAUACUUGACGAGAUGUUAAUAUAACUGCCUACUUAAAACCAGAAAGGGUUAUGUUGUGUUUUUGUUAAACUGAUUUAUUUUGAACUAAAAGUUGAUGGAGUUAGGACUGGAAAAAUAUAAAAUUUAGUGUUGUAAUCAUUAAUCUGUUUAGAAUUAGAGUGAAGACCUUUAAUUGUACAUUUGUAGAGAUUUUUCUGCGUUGAGAAAAGAGCACCAUUGUACGUAGAGUCAUUUUUUAGUGAGUCACUGGCACAGCUCUGAGGGUGGCAAAACAAAGAUUCUGUUGUGCUUUUCCACAGCAGAUGUCCAUUCAGAGGGUUCCUGGGAAAGAAAAGGAACUCAUUUGUGUUUUUGGGGCCCUUUGACCUUCAUUUGUAAACUCAACUGGAUAGAAAAGGAAUGUUAGAGUGGAUGGGGCUUUUACUAGAGAGCAUCUUUUUUAAGCAUGUCAUUUUAUGUCUGUUGGCGAUUCCUAGUGUGAGGAAAAGCUGUGGCCAUCUGAGAGGCACAGUAAGAUUCUGUUUCUGAGGGGCUGAGGAGCUUCAUUUGCCAAAGGGGAAAAGAGCUUCCAAAGGCAUGAAGAGCUUGAGAAGGUCAAGACAAAUCCAAGGAUUUAAAUACUAUUUAUUCUUAUCUUCAUGGAAUGGAAAUAUUAUCAAACCUUAGGGAACAUCAGCUUAGAUUAAUGUCUGCAAGAGCACGCUAUGAGAGAUACAGUGGUAAUCAGAUUCUUUUUUGUUCAGAAACAAUUGCCAGAUGUUGGUAUAUCCUGCUUUCUGGAUCUGUGCUUGUGAAAGACUCCAUGGUCUUGCCUCCAUGCAGUUUUGGUAAGCAGUUUGGAGGAAAAAGAGGAUGUGAUUGUCUUGUAUUAGAGCCUUCAGAAAUGAUUGUGGUAGAGAAUUCUAAAGACAAUGAAGAUAGUUUUCUACAAAGAGAAAUUCCUGCCCGACAGUCUCGAAGAAGGUUUCGGAAAAUUAACUACAAGGGAGAGCGCCAAACCAUUACUGACAAUGUGGACAUUAAUAGCUAUCUUUCUCUUCCGGCUGAUCUUACCAAGAUGCACCUCACAGACAGCCCUCACCCACAGGUGACUCAUGUGUCCUCUAGUCAGUCUGGCUGUAGCAUUGCCAGUGAUUCCGGAAGCAGCAGUUUAUCUGAUAUCUAUCAGGCCACAGAGAGUGAGGUAGGAGAUGUAGAUUUAACACGUCUUCCAGAAGGACCUGUUGAUUCUGAGGAUGAAGAAGAAGAUGAUGAAGAGAUUGAUCGCACAGAUCCAUUGCAUGGACGAGAUCUUGUUCGUGAGUGUCUUGAAAAAGAACCUGCAGACAAAACUGAUGAUGACAUUGAACAGUUAUUGGAGUUUAUGCACCAGUUGCCUGCUUUUGCAAACAUGACCAUGUCUGUAAGGAGAGAACUUUGUUCAGUGAUGAUUUUUGAAGUGGUAGAGCAGGCUGGCGCUAUUAUUCUUGAAGAUGGCCAAGAGCUUGACUCGUGGUAUGUUAUUUUAAAUGGCACUGUGGAAAUUAGUCAUCCAGAUGGGAAAGUUGAAAAUCUCUUUAUGGGAAAUAGUUUUGGAAUUACUCCCUCUCUGGAUAAACAGUACAUGCAUGGAGUUGUCAGGACGAAAGUAGAUGAUUGUCAGUUUGUCUGCAUAGCCCAGCAGGAUUAUUGGAGAAUUUUAAAUCAUGUGGAAAAAAAUACCCAUAAAGUCGAGGAAGAGGGAGAAAUUGUUAUGGUGCAUGAGCACCGUGAACUUGAUCGGAGUGGAACCAGGAAAGGACACAUUGUAAUCAAGGCAACACCUGAGCGUCUCAUCAUGCACUUAAUAGAAGAACAUUCAAUUGUGGAUCCAACUUACAUAGAAGAUUUCUUACUAACAUAUAGGACAUUUCUUGAAAGUCCUUUGGAUGUUGGUAUUAAACUACUGGAGUGGUUUAAGAUUGACAGCUUAAGAGAUAAGGUGACACGGAUUGUAUUAUUGUGGGUAAAUAAUCAUUUUAAUGAUUUUGAAGGUGAUCCUGCCAUGACUCGUUUUCUAGAGGAAUUUGAAAAACAUCUAGAAGAUACGAAAAUGAAUGGUCAUCUGCGGUUAUUGAAUAUUGCUUGUGCUGCAAAGGCUAAGUGGAGACAGGUUGUACUGCAGAAAGCUUCCCGGGAGUCCCCUCUGCAUUUCAGCCUUAAUGGAGGAAGUGAGAAGGGAUUUGGCGUUUUUGUUGAAGGGGUAGAACCAGGUAGCAAAGCUGCUGAUGCAGGGUUGAAACGUGGCGAUCAAAUAAUGGAAGUAAAUGGACAAAACUUUGAGAAUAUUACAAUUGUGAAGGCCCUUGAAAUUUUGAGGAACAAUACACAUCUUGCGCUUACUGUAAAGACCAACAUUUUUGUGUUCAAAGAGUUACUUAGUAGGACUGAGCAAGAGAAAUCGGGUAUUCCUCAUAUUCCCAAAAUUGCUGAAAAAAAAAGUAAUCGCCAUUCAAUCCAGGAUGUACCAGGAGAUAUUGAACAGACAUCACAAGAAAAAGGAAGUAAGAAAGUUAAAGCAAAUACUGUUUCAGGUGGAAGAAACAAAAUCAGGAAAAUUUUGGAUAAAACACGAUUUAGUAUCUUGCCUCCAAAACUGUUCAGUGAUGGAGGCCUGAGCCAGUCACAGGAUGACAGCAUUGUGGGAACGAGGCACUGUAGGCACAGCCUGGCUAUCAUGCCUAUUCCUGGGACACUCUCGUCCAGCAGCCCUGACCUCCUGCAGCCUACCACUAGCAUGCUGGAUUUUUCCAAUCCUUCAGCUGUUGCUUUUUACUAUAUUCCUGAUCAAGUUAUAAGAGUUUUCAAAGCAGAUCAACAGAGUUGCUACAUUAUCAUCAGUAAAGAUACUACAGCUAAAGAAGUGGUUUGUCAUGCUGUCCAUGAAUUUGGUUUGGCUGGUGCAUCCGACACAUACUCUCUGUGUGAAGUUUCUGUUACCCCUGAGGGCGUAAUAAAGCAGAGAAGACUGCCUGACCAGUUCUCCAAGUUAGCAGAUAGAAUUCAACUCAAUGGAAGGUAUUAUUUAAAAAAUAACAUGGAAACAGAAACCUUGUGUUCAGAUGAAGAUGCUCAGGAACUAGUUAAGGAAAGCCAGCUAUCUAUGCUGCAGCUCAGUACCAUUGAAGUGGCAACCCAGCUGUCAAUGAGGGACUUUGAUUUGUUCCGUAACAUUGAGCCUACUGAAUACAUUGAUGAUCUUUUUAAGUUAGAUUCCAAAAUAGGAAAUACUCACUUGAAAGCAUUUGAAGAUAUUGUAAACCAAGAGACUUUCUGGGUUGCCUCAGAGAUUUUAACUGAAUCAAAUCAGCUCAAGCGAAUGAAGAUUAUUAAGCAUUUUAUUAAAAUCGCACUUCAUUGUCGAGAAUGUAAGAACUUCAAUUCCAUGUUUGCAAUAAUAAGUGGCUUGAACUUGGCACCUGUAGCACGACUCAGAGGUACUUGGGAAAAGUUACCAAGCAAAUAUGAGAAACAUCUCCAAGAUCUACAAGACCUUUUUGAUCCAUCUAGAAACAUGGCAAAGUAUAGAAAUAUCCUUAGUAGUCAAAGCAUGCAACCUCCAAUAAUUCCACUCUUCCCUGUUGUCAAGAAAGAUAUGACAUUUCUACAUGAAGGAAAUGACUCCAAAGUAGAUGGUUUAGUAAACUUUGAAAAAUUAAGAAUGAUCGCCAAGGAAAUCCGUCAAGUUAUUCGAAUGACUUCUGCCAACAUGGACCCAGCUAUGAUGUUCAGACAGAGGAAGAAGAGGUGGCGGAGUCUGGGGUCACUGAGUCAAGGCAGCACAAAUUCAAACAUGCUGGAUAUUCAAGGAGGUAGUCACAAAAAACGAGCACGCCGCAGCUCUCUGCUUAAUGCCAAGAAGCUGUACGAGGAUGCCCAAAUGGCACGGAAAGUAAAGCAGUAUCUUUCUGGUCUGGAUGUAGAGACAGAUGAGGAGAAGUUCCAGAUGAUGUCCUUGCAGUGGGAGCCUGCAUAUGGUACCUUACCCAAAAAUGUAAAUGAGAAAAGAUCUGCUAAAUCAUCUGAAAUGUCUCCAGUGCCUAUGAGAUCAGCUGGCCAGAUUGCUAAAGUCCACUUGCAUCAGCCCCACAGAGUAAGCCAGGUCCUUCAGGUGCCAGCUGUGAAUUUGCAUCCUAUCAGGAAGAGGGGACAAACUAAAGACUCUGCGUUGAGUACAAGUUUACCUCAGAAAGUUUUAGGAACAACUGAUGAAACAAGCAGUAAGAAACAUACGGAAGACACACUCUCUGUGGCAUCCUCCUUACACUCUAGUCCUCCUGCCUCACCUCAAGGCUCCCCUCGCAAAAGUUACACACUUACUCCAUCAGCUAAAUCUGACAACUUCUCUGACUCCAGCCACAGUGAGAUUUCUUCACGGUCCAGCAUCGUGAGCAAUUGUUCUGUGGACUCCAUGUCUGCAGCUCUUCAGGAUGAACGGUGUUCCUCGCAGGUCCUGACAGUCCCUGAAUCCACCAGAACAUUGGAAAAGACAGAGCACCCCUCAGGAACAGGAGACCAUAGUCAUCAUGGUCCUGGGGGCACACUCUCGAAGCCAUCUCUAAUCAAGGGUCUAGCUGUGUCAUCUUCCAUGAGCAGUGAAGAGAUUUCUCAUGAACAUAUCAUUAUAGAAGCAGCUGACAGUGGUCGUGGAAGUUGGACUUCCUGUUCCUCCAGUUCACAUGACAAUUUCCAAAGCCUUCCAAACCCAAAAAGCUGGGAUUUUUUGAACUCUUACAGACAUACCCAUUUGGAUGACCCCAUUGCUGAAGUGGAACCCACUGACUGUGAGUCAUAUUCCUGUCCUAAAGGUUGCUCUAGAACUUGCAGUCAGUGUAAAGGAAGCCUUGAGAGUAAUCGCUCGAGACAGAGUUGGGCCUCCUCCAGUUCUCUGUCUGACACAUUCGAGCCAAACUAUGGGACAGUUAAACGGAGAGUAUUGGAGAGUGGCCCUGCCGAGUCCACUGAAGGCAUGGACUCCAAGGAUGCCACCGACCCAGUUUAUAAAACUGUCACUUCAAGUACAGAGAAGGGCCUGAUUGUGUACUGUGUCACCUCACCCAAGAAGGACAAUAGGUAUAGGGAGCCACCUCCCACUCCUCCAGGAUAUAUGGGAAUUUCUUUAGCCGACCUAAAGGAAGGACCCCACCCGCACCUAAAACCUCCAGAUUAUAGUGUGGCAGUGCAGAGGUCCAAGAUGAUGCAAAACAGCCUCUCUAGACUGCCACCAGCUUCUCCCAGUAGCAACCCUGUGGCCUGUGUUUCAUCAACGAUUCUAACUCAGCCUCAGAGGCAGAAUCCACAGCCAUCACAUCCCAAGUUAGCAGAUGUGACUGAUGCAGACAGCGAAGCAGAUGAAAACGAACAAGUUUCAGCAGUGUAGCCUUUGGAUGCCCCUUUUGAAGACCACCGAAAGACACAGCGGAGCUGGCAGAACCACGUCAUCCCACAGGCCGUUGCCAACCAAUAGCUUGCUGCUACAACUAACCCAGAGGUUUCGUCCCCUGUUCUCUGAACAGUGAGAUAGACCCGAGUCAUCCUUUCUUUCAUGUAAUCCCUGCAGACAGUUUCCUCAGCUGUAGAUGCUGUGCCUGGAGACGCUGCACGCCAGAACUGCCUUGGGACCACAGUUACAGAACAAAUUCAAACUCAGAGUCAUCCCCGUGUAUAUCACUGUAGAUUUUCCUUUAACAAGUAAUUUUUUUAAUAGUGGUAUUAUUUUUUCCAAGCCAUAGCUUGGGCUUAUGAACAUAUUCAGAAUGUCUGCCAAUACCAAGGAUAUUCUUAGGUAUUUGAAGAGUAACUUAUUAUUUAAGCUAUUGUGUUUGUGUUUGCGUUUGGGAGCUCUUGCUAGUUGAUGUUUAGGGUUGAGGCUGUAAAACUGUCUCUGGUCUGACCCAACAGAGGUCACCUGUAGGGAGACGGCACGCUUGCCUGUGCAGAGAUGUGACUUGCUCCGGAGCACCGUGCAAUGUAGGGCUCAGUGGAGUGGACAGGAAGCCCUUUGCCACUGAGGUGUCGGGAGCCUGCUGCUCGUGGGAAGGCCAGACGCGGCUGCCACAGGAUUUCUGAUCAGUCCUUUGGGAAAAGAGGGAGGUGAUACAAUGGAGCUUGUCGGAACUGUACUUUCCAGAAAUCCAAAUGUUGAUGUUUGAUGUUUAAUGACAUGUCUGAAUUCUUGAAGUGAAAAAUCAUGCUGUAUCUAAUGGUAACUGAAAGUAUAAAGCUAUACACCCAUUCAGUAGAGAACUCUAUGGAAAACCUAUCAUGAAGUUUCUCUCAGAUAAGGAGUUCUUUUCUCUUUUUAAAGGAGAAAAGGUGUUAGAUGUUCAUAGGUGUUAGGGUCACAAAGAUGAAUUUGUGUGUCUUCUGCAGCGUACGUACCACCCCACCUCGUACCCAGUCUGCAUAAUAAAGCUUGCAGCUUUCGGCUCCCGAGAGUCGUGCUUAGGAACCCGCCAGGGUAGAAUUGGUUGAAAAUACGUGGGAGAAACAGAAGCUAGAAUUGCAGAAAUGAUUGUCUUGAUUCUCAUUUAGGCCUUGAGAGGACUUACCUUUCCAUUCUCCGUGGGCAUGGCAUUCUUACUUUCAUUAUUAAAAUUUCUGUAACUGUUUACUAGAUGAGGCAGAUUCCUCACAUUUUUAUAUAACACUUGCUGUGUGUAUUAAGUUUAAAAUUUUUCAUUUGCUUUUCAAGCAUAAAGCCAAGUAAGAGUCUCAUAGACUUCAGUGACUGCCAAAAAAAAAAAAAAAAAAAAAAAAAAAAAAGAAGAAAAAGAAAAGCCAAAGUCACAGAGGUACACUCACUACCCAAGCUAAACUUGGAGCUGGAAUGGAUCUGCUUCAUAGUAGAUUGGUCAGACAUGACUUCUGUUGUAAUAGUUUGCUCUUUUCCCCAAGCUGUGUCUUCCUCUCUCUGUUUUCCUGCCUGUUUCCUUUAUUUUAAAAUAGUGACUCACUUCCAAAUGAUAAAUGUUAAUAGUUUGCGUCCCCAUCAAAAAUGAUUAUGUCUUUAUUUUAGGAAAAAUAGCAUGCCUGAAAAAUCCCCCUGAAAGGAGGCAGGGCGGGGAGGAACAUGGCCCUGAAACAUAAGCCUUAGAAAUUCAGUGUGAUAGAAGGAAGCAGGCAGAUUCCAUAGCUUUCUUGGCCCUUUGAAGUGGGCAGUAUCCUGAAUCAAAAAUCCUGGUUUGAAUAUCACACUGUGGUGAUGUGGCCCAUGAUCAGCAGUCUUCCAUUACAGAUUUUUUUUUCCUUCACUGCUUUACACAGUAUUGUUUUCAUGUCCACAGCAAAACAAAGUGGAAAAUAUUUUUGCUAUAACUACCUUUUUUUUUAAAUCAACUUUGGGUAUCUAUUUUUGCCAUUUUAUAUCCAGUACUCAAGAAAAAAUGUGCUUUGUGCACAGUAUCUGUUUAUUUAGCAGGUCUUUCAAACCAAAUGGAAGCCUUAUGUGUCUUUAUCCUUACUGAUGUAAAUAAUACCCUGGGCGGAGAGUUUUGGUUUUGGACUUGCACAUUAUAGCUGCCUUUGUUUUAUUUUGCUUUAACUGUGUGAGUGUUUGGAUCAGCUGAUCACAUUGAUCAGGAACUAAAGCCAAAUGCUUUGUGGUUUGGUAUGUUUGAAUCUCUCAAAAACUCAUGAGGUUUUGAUUUUUGUAUUUUAAUUUGGGGUAACUUUUACCCCUUUGGGUUUUUCAUAGGACUAAAACAAGGGAAGCCUUAACAUGUAUUCUCUCGGAUUCCAAGUCCCCAUUUGUCUUUAGUUGAUUUGUGGCUUUAAUGAAGAGACGAGUUGCCCUGUCUUCCCAUUGACAACUCUGCAUCUAUGAGAGCAACUGAAGCAGUAAACCCUCGUGCAAACUCCUGCCGAUUACUGCGUUACAUACUUUCGUUAGUCUUUUGAGAUCAGCAGUUUCUCCAAAUGCUUUCAAAAUAAUCUUUGGGGAGAAAAAACCCUUUUAUGGAUUUUCCUAAAGGUGGUAAUUCCCAUAUCAUCAUCAUUUGUGUCCCCUCCUAGAGGGUAUCUCCAGGCUGCAAAUGUCGCAAUACUCUUGAGGAUAUCUAAGAACAAACCUAAAUUUUAUCAAGUUCUUUCCCCUACAUAGGAAAAGGGGAAAGUUGCCUUGUUUGGUUAAAAUAAUGAUUUGUUAUUCUGAUAGAAUUUUAAGUUUCAAAAAAAAAUGUGAUGUUAAGGAAUGUGUGUCCACUUAGUAUAGCCUUAAAGGCUAGGAAGAGGGGCUGAAUCUCCAGAAAAGUGUCAAAGUUUUCAAACUUAACCUUGAAUCCUAGUUCACCUUCAGCUUUUGUUUUGCUUUCUUAAGGCUUCUUUAUUUUUCAUACACAUGAUGCAGUUGAACUUAAUUGUUUAAAAUUGAAACAUGUAAGCUUAUCAGCAAAAGACAAAAAUAAAAUUGCACAGUUGUAAUAAUCAAAUAACAAUUGUACUGCACAAUUCCAUGAUUGUAAGGUAUCCUGUAACAAGCAAUGUUGUCUCCUAUUUUUUGAUACCUCUUAAACUUAUGUCUUUUAGAAAGACAGUGCCUCUGUAUGCUUUUUGUAUUUUUACUGAGUGUAAAUAUUUGUUAUAUUUUUGGUUAAGAGAAUGUAAAAGUACCAUUUAUUAUUAUCAUAUCUAAUACAUUGGUGGAAUCAAUAAAGAAUCUACAUUAA